GGUACCUGUGAGGACCCUGGCAGCAAAAUUCUGAACAACCUGGAGACGGGACAGAGAAGGCCAACUGAGACUAGUAUAAACUGAAAUACAGAGGUCCAAAGGGGGGGUGUUAAUUUAUUACAUUGAUUGGAAAAUAAGAAGACAGCUUUUUUUUUUUUUU